CUCCUUCUUCUGGUCCAUAAAAUAAAUAUUCAAAUCAGUAAUUUUUUUUGAAAUAUAUUUUAUUACAAAGAAACAUCAAACAGCUUAAGAUUUUCCACCAAAAAUAUUGUAAAUUGUAUGAUUAUGUAUAUAAUCGAUUUACAAAUAAUGUUAACAAUUUAUGUCAUUUGAUUAUAUACAUAUUUAUGAAGAAUAAAACUGUAUAUAUUUAAUUGAUAUAUCUCAGCCUCUUCAAUGGACAGUUAAACUAUCUCACUCCCUGUGUGUUGCGAAUCUUCACUUUUGCUUUCAGAACGAGAUGUUUCUGACAGAUUUAUCCUGAAGUUAAUUGGGCCAUUUUGCAAAGAGUUUUGAGUUUUGAGCUUCUGUUUCGAUUGUUUUCUUUUUUCUUCUUCUGUUAUCAUCAUUUUUUGACUUUGAGUUACUCGCUUUUGGCUUUUUACCUUAAUUUCUGCUCAUCCUUCAAUCUCUGUUCAGUUUUUUGGGAAGCUUUCAAAAUUGACUCCUUGGCAGAUCUGACAUAUCAUGCUGUUCCUAAGACUUGCUUCGUGCUUAGCAUUCUUCAUUAGUUUGAGACUAAUAAAUUGCCUACCAAAUGGUGCGCCCAUUUCAACAUGUUCUACCUUGCAACCUGUGCACAGCAAUAUUCCACCAGAAGCUUCACAGUCAUUAUUCCGAAUUGAACCACAAGCAAAAAUAGUGGGCCAAGGACAAAUUUUAAGGAUUGAAAUUCCAAGUUCUAUUCCACAACUCUCAUUCAAAGGUUUUAUAAUACACGCAAGAACACCAAAUGGUCGUGUUGUGGGAAGAUUUGCAUCAUCAGCUGAUGGUCUUGUAAAGCUUAUUGAUUGUAGUGGAGUACAAAACACAGCAACACAUGCGAAUACUUCACCCAAGGUUGAUUUUGGUCUGGAUUGGCAAGCACCAUCAGAUUAUCUUGGCGACAUCAUUUUCAAUUCCACAGUUGCUCAAGAUUAUGACAAAUUUUGGGUUGGAGAGACUUCGGAAAUUGUUAAAAUUGUUGAACGGGAUCAAGUCAUUCCCAGCGGAAUUUCCACAACACGUCGUCCAAUAGAAGUGACGACACCGAAUUUCGUUCGUUCAACGUCAGGUUUGAAAAACAAUGAUGACUUCAUUUAUGAUGGAUGCGGUGACACUAAAACAUGCUUUGGAAGCCCAGACAAUUGUGUAGCAACGAAAUCAUGUCAAACUUUCAGUGCGGUUAUUGUUAAAGGUGACCGUUACAUCAUUGAAAUGCGAUCAACUAAAUCGGCUGCUUAUGUCGCACUUGGGUUAUCAGAUGAUGAAAAAAUGGGAAAAGAUUCUGUGGUUGAGUGUGUAAAUGAGUCAGGUUCAGUUAAAGCGUACACAUCUUGGACAAUUGUGUCGAAUGGAAAGUUCGAUGCACCAAGAACAGGCAUUCCACAAAACUCAAUUCGUCUAAUUGAAGGCCGUUUAGAAAAUGGUAUGAUUUACUGCCAAGUGGAACGACAACCAGUGACUAUAAUUAAUGGAAUCAAAUUUGAUUUGACGAAACAAAACUAUUUCCUACUUUUGGCAAGUGGGUCGGGAAUACGACCAGCAAGUGUUGACUAUCAUGACAUUGUACGUUUGUCAUCGCGAGAAGCUUUAAAACUGUCGGAAGUUACAAAUGUUGAGGGAAGGUCGACACUUCUCUUAAGAUUACACGGCGCUUUUAUGAUAACAGCAUGGAUUGGCACAGCUUCAAUCGGAAUAUUACUUGCAAGAUAUUUCAAACAGACGUGGGUGGGCAGCAGUUUAUGUGGAAAAGAUAUUUGGUUUGCUUGGCAUCGAAUUUGUAUGAUUCUUACAUGGGCAUUAACAUUAGCGGCAUUUGUAAUUAUUUUCGUAGAAAUUAAAGGAUGGUCAUCGGUUGACAAUCCACAUGCAAUUUUGGGAACGAUAACGACAGUUAUUUGUUUCUUUCAACCUAUUGGAGCUUUCUUCAGACCACACCCUGGCAGUAAAAAGCGACCAUUAUUUAACUGGACACAUUGGCUUGGUGGUAACUUAGCACAUAUUCUUGCAAUUGUUACCAUUUUCUUUGCUGUCAAACUUGGAAAAGCAGAACUUCCCGAAUGGAUGGAUUUCAUUCUCGUUGCUUAUGUUGUUUUCCACGUGAUUGUUCACUUCAUCUAUUCAAUAUCAGGUUGCGUGAGUGAAGGCAAGGGCACAAGGGUUACGUCGUUCCCAAUGACUGACAUUUCUCAAUCAAGGAGUCAAAUGAUUGCUAGCGCGAAGCAAGACGCAGUUGUAAGAUGA